AUGGAGAAUGUAGUAGUGACAGUAGUCAAGGAUGUCGAGAAAAGUUGUUCAUCAACUAGUGUAGUGGUUGAUGAUUGUGCUGAGAUGAUAGAUGAGAAUGACUAUCUAGGUGAUGCUUUUAAGGAUGGACCUCAGAAGUUUUUUUUGUCGGAUGAAUGGGGUUCAUAUUUGUCACAUGCUGGGCAGAAGUUUGAGAGCAUUGUAGACUUUAGAGAUAAACUGAGGAAGUUUGCUGUUCAAAGUGGUUUCCAUUAUGUGCUAUCUAGGAAUGAUUCAAUUUACGUUAAUGCUGUUUGUGCAAAUCGUGAUGUUGACCACUGUGGCUGGGAAGUCCUUGGAUUUGUUGCUUCUAUUAAUCAGUGCUUUUACAUUACGCGGUUUAAUAAUGUUCAUACAUGCAGAGGUAUGAUAAGAAAUCAUUCUCAUCGGCAAUUAGGGUCUAAAAUUGUUAGGACAUGCAUUGAGUCUACUGUUUGUCUGAAUCUUGGUUUGAAGCCCCGUGAGAUCAUGAGCAAUUUCAAGUCCACUUAUGGUUAUGAAAUUAGUUAUAAGGUUGCUUCAAGAGCAAAAAAAAGGUGUGUGGAAAAGAUGUAUAGCUCGGAAUGUGAUUCGUUUUCUAUGUUAAGCUGGUUUAGGGAAGCUGUGUUGGAGACUAAUCCGGGUUCUUCAGUUGUUCUUGAAGUUGAUGAGAGUACCGAGAGGUUUAAAAGGGUUUUUGUAGCUUAUGCCGGCCAAAUUCAGGGUUUCAAGUUCAGCCUACCUGUUUUAUAUGUUGAUGGUGCCUUUGAAAAGAGCAAAUACAAGGGGCAGAUUCUUGCUACAACUGGAAGAAAUGGAAACAAAGCCUUUGGAGAUACUGUUUUGCAGGCAUUUGAUCUCAUUUUUCCUGGUAAUCCUCAUUUUUACUGUUAUCAUUAUUUGCGAUACAACCUUAGUCGAAAGUAUAAGAACAAAGGAGGGGAAAUUGUUGUUGCUGAUGUGUUACAAAAAUUCUUUAAAGUGGCUUAUGCAUCGACUGAGAAGUCUUUCUACUUUCAUUUAAAAAAUUUGAGAGAUGAGGGUGGGGCUGCUAUUAUUGAUGAAUUCAUAAGGGAGAUUCCAUUGGAACAUUGGUGCCGUGCUUUUUUUAAAGGUUGUCGGUAUGGGAUUAUGGCAAAUGGUAUUGCUGAAUCCUUUAAUAACUGGAUUGUUGCUGAGCAUUCACUGCCCCCUUUCGCUAUGUUAGAUCAAACAAGAAUGAAAGAAAUGAAGAUGAUGUCAGAAAGGAGUGUUGAGUCGAAAUCUUGGACUACCAAGCUUACUCCUAAAAUGGAGAAGAGGCUGAAAGAGCAGCUUGAUAGGUCUCGUGUGUUCAGGGUGAUUGCUUCCCAUGAAAAUGUUUAUGAGAUUAGGAAUGAUAAGUACUCCUAUUCAGUGGACCUCUCUACUCGUACUUGUUCAUGUGUUAAGUGGCAGAUUAAUUGCUUCCCAUGCGCUCAUUCACUUGCUGCUAUACAAGGUGCAAGACUUGAUGUGUAUGAUUUCAUUGAUCCUUAUUUUACUGCUGAAUACUAUAGGAUGUGUUAUAGCUUUCCUAUUGCACCUCUGAGUAACGUGGAUGCCUUUUGUUCUUCCACUGAGGACUUUAUACUACCUCCUGUUACAAAGAGGCCGGCUGGGAGGCCUAAAUCAAAGAGGAUAGCAUCUGCUAGUGAGAAGAAGCUGAUUCGAUGCGAUCGUUGUAAUAAGAUGGGCCAUCAUAACAAGAAGAGCUAUUUUUCUCUAUUGUAA